GUUAACUAAGCUGCCUAAAAGUUUCUUAAAUCUUAAAAGGUUACGACAUUUGGACAUAAGAGAUACUCCGUUGGAGAAGCUGCCAUUGGGGAUUGGUGAGUUGGAAAGCCUUCAGACUCUCACCAAGAUCAUCAUUGAAGGAAAUGAUGGCUUUGCAAUAAAUGAGCUCAAGGGAUUAACAAAUCUCCAUGGGAAAGUUUCCAUUGAGGGAUUGCACAAAGUGCAAAGCGCAAAGCAUGCACGGGAGGCGAACUUAUCUCUGAAAAAGAUUACUGGAUUAGAGCUGCAAUGGGUUGAUGUGUUUGAUGGCUCACGAACGGAUACACUUGAAGAGGAAGUUCUCAAUGAGCUGAAACCUAAUAGUGAUACGUUGAAAACGCUUUCAAUGGUGUCAUACGGGGGAACACAAAUUUCAAAUUGGGUUGGUGAUCGCUCCUUUCAUGAGUUGGUUAAUGUGUCAAUACGUGGUUGUAAAAAAUGCACAUCUCUACCCCCAUUUGGGUUGCUCCCAUCACUUAAGAGGUUGCAUAUUCAAGGCAUGGAUGAGGUUAAACUCAUAGGUCUGGAGUUAACCGGAAAUGAUGUUAACGCCUUCCGUUCACUUGAAGUGCUAACAUUUGAAGAUAUGUCUGGAUGGGAGGGGUGGUCAACUAAAAAUGAGGGUUCAGCAGCAGUGUUUCCAUGCCUUAAAGAGCUUUAUGUAAAGAAUUGUCCACAAUUGAUUAAUGUCUCACUUCAAGCACUGCCUUCACUCAAGGUUCUUAGAAUUGACACAUGUGGUGAUGGUGUGUUGAGAAGUCUAGUUCAGGUAGCUUCAUCAGUCACUAAAUUGACAAUAAGUUGUGUAUCAGGGCUUAUAUAUGAGGUGUGGAGAGGAGUUAUAGGGUAUCUUAAGGAAGUUGAAGAUUUAAGUAUUGAAGAAUGUAAUGAAAUAGAAUACUUGUGGGAAUCAGAAACAGAGGCAAGUAAGCUUCUUGUGAGAUUAAAGGAAUUGAGAUUAGACUUCUGUUCAGGUUUGGUAAGUUUAGAAGAGAAAGAGGAGGAUGACAAUUUUGGGAGCAGCACCCUGUUAUCUCUUAGAACUUUGUAUGUAAAUUCUUGUAGUAGCAUAAAGCGUUUAUGUUGUCCAAAUAGCAUUGAGAGUUUGGAAAUUAUUGGUUGUUCAGUUAUUACAGAUGUCUACCUCCCAAAAGAAGGAGGGAAUAAGCUCAAAUCAGUUAGAAUAUGGGGUUGUUAUAAACUUGAGGGAAAAAUCAACAAAACAAGCAUGCCAAUGCUUGAAACCCUAACUAUUAUUGCUUGGGAAAAUCUAAGAUCAAUCAGUAAAUUGAGUAACUCCACUCACCUCACCAGCCUGCGUGUAUCAUUUUGUCCACAUAUCAUGUCACUUCCAGAGCUUCAGCUAUCAAACCUCACCCGUUUGUCAAUUUUUGAAUGUGAAAGUCUGGUGUCAUUACCUGAGCUAUCGAAUCUCACCAGUUUGUCAGUUAGUGAUUGUAAAAGUCUGGAGUCAUUACCUGAGCUAUCAAACCUCACCCAUUUUGAAAUUUCUGAAUGUGAAAGUCUGGUGUCAUUACCUGAGCUAUCAAACCUCACCUUUUUGUCAAUUAGUAAUUGCGAACGUCUAGUGUCAUUACCUGAGCUAAAGAAUCUCGCCUUGUUAAAAGAUCUGAAAAUCAGAAGGUGUCCAGGUAUUGAUGUUUCCAUUCAUGGUGGGCGUUGGCCUCCCAAAUUGUGCUCACUUAAACUAGAAGGGUUGAAGAAGCCCAUAUCAGAGUGGGGGGAUCAGAAUUUCCCAGGUUCCCUUGUUGAACUAUCUUUAUAUGAUGAACCUGAUGUGAGGAAUUUUAGUCAAUUGUCCCACCUUUUCCCUUCUUCUCUUACAUCUUUGGUAAUAUCCACAUUUGAUAAUCUGGAAUCACUAUCAACCGGACUCCAACACCUCACAUCUCUUCAACAUCUGUACAUUGGGAAUUGCCCAAAGGUGAAAGAUCUACCAGAGACGCUGUUACCUUCACUUUUGAGUUUGGGAAUAUAUGAUCAUUGCCCAAAAUUGAAAGAAAGGUGUGAAGGAAGAGGCUCCCACUACUGGCCCCGAAUCUCUCAUAUCCCCAAAAUCGAAAUAGACUGCAGGAUUUAUUCAUGAUAGCAUGUUGGAUUCAUUAUUCAAAGAUGCUUUUGAGGUUGAUUUUCACAGCAUGUGCGGUUUAAGUGAAAAAGUUAAAGAAAGAAGAAAAUCUAUCAAGCUUCUUGAGUUUUUUUUUACAUUCUUGUUACAUUACUGAGAUUCAAGAUAAAGUUGCAACAGAAAUCGAAAAAACAACAAAAAUGAGAAACAAGGUCACAAAUGUUGUAGAAUUUGAAAACGGUGUGAGUGAAGAAAGCCUAGAAAAGAUGCAGAAUCUUCAUGCAGAUUUCAACGGAAGUUCCAGUGGUAUGCUAUCUCAGAUAUUUAGCAAUUUCUCAUAACUUACAGGAGAGUCAGAGGCUCAUAUCGUAACAGGAUGAACCUUUUCGGUGGAAACAAUACCAUCAGACGCCAGAUUUAUAUGCUUUGCGGGGUGAUGAUGUAUCUAUAUGUUAUGAUGUGAAGAAAGGAGAUUACCAUACCUUGUCAGCCAUAUGCCAUAGGCAGGGUCAAGUUUGAUGCAUUCGAACCUGAAAGAUGGUUUCAUCACAUUGUUGCUUUCAUCCACAAAGCAUCCUUAAGUUUACAGCUUUGCAGAAACACAAGAGGGACAAAGAAUUUGUUUGGCUCAAGAAUUUGCGUAUGUGCUGCAGAUGAAGGAAGAUCUUUGCUUCUAUUUAAGUUGAUCCAUGAUCUAGCAUACUCGUAUUUGGUGCAAUUAGACACACGGAAGUGGAUUGGAAAAUGGUUCAUGCUAAAAAAGGAUUAACUUUCAGUACGUUUGAAGUUAUAUGGGGGAUAAGUAAUGGACAUAAACGUCUCGACGAGCCACACGCAUGGACAAAUGCUAUAGGCGGGUUUUCCCAAAUCUCGGCAACCAAUUUCGUCAUCUAGAGCUCCAGUUUUGAAGCCAAGGCUGUUAAUUUCAAGGAACCCUUGGAGCGGUUACACAUUGCGUCUGAUGGCACUUGGCAUUCAUGGGCUAAGUUACGCACCUCCGAUUGGAACUUAUAACCAAUAAAGAAUUAAUGGAACUUGCCUUUGAUGUCAAGUUACCAUCUGAUGAAGAUUAAAAGAACUUGCCACUCAAGCAAGUUACCUCUAGUGAAGAUUGAUGAAGUCUCGCUAACGAAGAAGAGAUGCCACGUAUUAGCCUAUCAUUUGAUGAAGACAAUCUGUUGAGAGGAUGUUAUACGUAAUUGUCACUUGUCAAUUCCGUACAUCUCAACAAGAUAACAAAAACAUGAGUCCGUAUUGAAUUAGUUAUCACUUGACCUCAUAGCUUAUCGUGUCAAGCAGUUGAGUAUGAAUUCGGUGCUAGAACUUAUGUGUGCAAACUUUAGAGGAAAUUUGCAAGCCACCCAACCUAACAUA